AUCCCAUGGAGGCAGCGAGCUAUAGCUACCAAUUCCGGAUCGCUCUGCUCGGGGAUGCCUCGGUGGGCAAGACGUCACUGCUGCAGCGCUACGUGGCGGGCGCUCGGGGGGCCGUGGAGCCGGAGCCCGAGCCCACUGUGGGCGUGGAGUUCUACAGCCGCGAGCUGCAGCUGCCCGCCGGGCUCAGGAUCAAGCUGCAGCUCUGGGACACCGCGGGUCACGAGCGCUUCAGGUGCAUCACCCGAUCCUUCUACCGGAACAUGGUGGGUGUUCUGUUGGUCUUUGAUGUGACAAACAGAGAGUCCUUUGAACACAUCCAGGCCUGGCACCAGGAGGUCGUAUCCUCUCAGGGCCAUGACAAGGUGAUCUUCCUACUGAUUGGUCACAAGUGCGACCUGAGCACCCGAUGUGUCUCCACACAGGAGGCAGAGGAGCUGGCUGCCUCGCUGGGCAUGGCCUUCAUGGAGACCUCGGCCAAAAGUAACUGCAAUGUAGACCUGGCCUUUGACACUGUCACCAGUGCCAUCGAACAGGCCCUACAGCAGGGGGACAUCAAGCUGGAAGAGGACAGGGCAGGUGUCCGGCUCCUCCACAGAGCCCCAAACCCUAGAUCCCCCAGCAGCAGAAAGCAGGACUCAGGCCUAUGCCAGUGUUGACUCUGGGAGAGAAAGGGUUAAUGUGGUGCCAGCCUCAGACCCCCAGUGAGACUGGAGGGCAAAUG